AUGUCCGGUCGCCACGAGAAAGAGAAAGGCGUGAAUGUGCAAGUCCUUCUGCGUUGCAGGCCGUUUAGUGAGGACGAGCUAAGAAACAACGCGCCGCAAGUCGUGACUUGUAAUGACUACCAGAGAGAGGUCUCCGUUUCGCAGAGUAUCGCCGGGAAGCAUAUCGAUAGGGUUUUCACUUUUGAUAAGGUUUUUGGUCCUUCAGCUCAGCAAAAAGAUUUAUAUGAACAAGCGAUGGUUCCUAUUGUGAAUGAAGUUUUGGAAGGUUUUAACUGUACCAUUUUUGCUUAUGGUCAAACUGGUACAGGGAAAACAUUCACGAUGGAGGGUGAAUGCAAAAGGUCAAAGAGCGGGCCCAAUGGAGAAUUGCCUGCAGAAGCAGGAGUCAUACCUAGAGCUGUUAAGCAGAUUUUUGAUACACUUGAGAGCCAGAAUGCAGAGUAUAGUGUGAAAGUUACUUUCUUAGAAUUGUACAAUGAGGAGAUCACUGAUCUACUUGCCCCGGAGGAAAUUGCAAGAGUUCCUUUGGAGGAGAAACAAAAAAAGCAGUUGCCUCUUAUGGAGGACGGGAAAGGUGGAGUACUUGUAAGAGGUUUGGAGGAGGAAAUUGUUACAAGUGCAAGUGAAAUUUUCACUCUACUGGAACGGGGAUCUGCAAAACGCAGAACUGCUGAAACUUUGUUAAAUAAACAAUCAAGUCGGUCGCAUUCUCUGUUUUGCAUCACGAUACACAUAAAGGAAGCUACCCCUGAGGGUGAAGAACUAAUUAAAUGUGGCAAACUGAAUUUGGUUGAUUUAGCUGGCUCAGAAAAUAUAUCUCGUUCUGGUGCUAGAGAGGGUCGUGCAAGAGAGGCUGGUGAAAUUAACAAAAGUUUACUUACUUUAGGGCGAGUCAUUAAUGCUCUUGUGGAGCAUCUUGGCCAUAUCCCAUACAGGGAUAGCAAGCUUACUCGGUUACUUCGUGAUUCACUCGGGGGAAGAACCAAGACAUGCAUUAUAGCUACAGUUUCUCCUGCAGUUCAUUGUCUGGAAGAGACCUUAAGUACACUGGAUUAUGCCCACAGGGCAAAGAAUAUUAAAAAUAAGCCCGAGGUUUGUUCUUGUUAUACAUAG